CGUGCCUUCCCCUCCUCUUGCGCUCUCAUGUUAAUGGCGGGUGGCGUCUGCUGAGGGGGACGCAAAUAACCGCUACCGGCAAGGGAAAGACUCCCUGCCUGCCCCACUUCCACUCUCCGCAAGUAUUCGAGCUCGCCAGUAUGUCCGUGGUGCCGCCUAAUCGCUCACAAACCGGCUGGCCCCGGGGAGUCAACCAGUUCGGCAACAAGUACAUCCAGCAGACCAAGCCCCUCACCCUGGAGCGCACCAUCAACCUGUACCCUCUUACCAAUUAUACUUUUGGUACAAAAGAGCCCCUCUAUGAGAAGGACAGCUCUGUUGCAGCCAGAUUUCAGCGCAUGAGGGAGGAAUUUGAUAAAAUUGGAAUGAGAAGGACUGUAGAAGGGGUUCUGAUUGUACAUGAGCACCGGCUACCACAUGUGUUACUGCUACAGCUGGGAACAACUUUCUUCAAAUUACCUGGUGGUGAACUUAACCCAGGAGAAGAUGAAGUUGAAGGACUAAAACGCUUAAUGACAGAGAUACUGGGUCGUCAAGAUGGUGUCCUGCAAGACUGGGUCAUUGAUGACUGCAUUGGUAACUGGUGGAGACCAAAUUUUGAACCUCCUCAGUACCCGUAUAUUCCUGCACAUAUUACAAAACCUAAGGAACAUAAGAAGUUGUUUUUGGUUCAACUUCAAGAGAAAGCCUUGUUUGCAGUCCCUAAAAAUUACAAGCUUGUAGCUGCACCAUUGUUUGAAUUGUAUGACAAUGCACCAGGAUAUGGACCCAUCAUUUCUAGUCUCCCUCAGCUUCUGAGCAGGUUCAAUUUUAUAUACAACUGAAUUCCUGCACAGUGGAGAAGUAAAAGAAGCCGUCUCUGUGAGCACAGCUAUACACAGUGUAGAAUAAAUAUGGUAGAAAAGUUUUUUUUGGUUUUUAUCUCUUUCCCAUUCCCUAAAUUGCUACCUACUUUCUGUUGUUUGAAUAGUAAAGUUAAUAUGAAGAACUAGAUGGUGGUGUAAACAAAUGUGAUAAUGUUUAAUUUACUUUUGGUUCUACUCAUACUUUUUUGUACAACAUUAAAGAAUAUGAACUUCUUUCUAUUUGUAUUUUUUUUCUUUUUUUGAUUUUCACAUUAAACUUGUAAAAUUCUUA